CGAUGGAGGGAGCCAACUCGGACCGAGGGGUUUCCGCGAGGCGGUGUGGGGUCGACACGAAGCUGACAAUGUCGGUACCGGCGAGCGCAGGCUCCUGCGCGGCAAGCCCUAGGUGCAGCCUCACAACGCGCCCUUCCUGGCUCCGCAGCCCUGUCCAAGAGGGGAACGCGAGGGGGGCAGCGCAGCGUGGAGGAGACGCUCGUCCCACCCAACGGGCUCCGCUCCAAACAGAAUGGACUGCUGAAUUAUGAAGUAUUUCAGACCCAAUACCAGGACUUCACUCUGCCAUUCACUCCUUUAUCGUCUACUAGUUAUUUAAAUUGAACUUUUAAUAUCCUGCCAGCUGCUCUUCAGACACACAUGGUGCAUUGUUGCCAUUCCCCGGAUUGCAUCUUUGAAACACAGGCUCUUAGUAACCUUCAGCGAACAAAGAGGCAACCUCCCGGGUACACUAACUGGGAGGGUGUCACCCUGACUGCCCUCUAGCUUUUGCUGCAUCUCAAUUUGAAUUCACCAUGGAGCCUCGCAUGGAGUCCUGCCUGGCACAGGUGUUGCAGAAGGAUGUGGGGAAACGACUGCAGGUUGGCCAAGAACUCAUAGACUAUUUCUCAGACAAACAGAAGUCUGCUGACCUUGAGCAUGACCAGACCAUGUUAGAUAAACUUGUGGAUGGACUCGCUACCUCUUGGGUGAACUCUAGCAAUUACAAGGUGGCUCUUCUGGGCAUGGACAUCCUAUCCGCGCUAGUCACCCGGCUGCAGGAUCGGUUCAAGGCGCAGAUUGGCACAGUGCUGCCAAGUUUAAUAGACAGACUGGGAGAUGCUAAAGACUCCGUGAGGGAGCAGGACCAGGCUCUGCUGCUAAAGAUCAUGGAUCAAGCUGCUAAUCCCCAGUAUGUGUGGGACCGGAUGCUGGGCGGCUUCAAGCACAAGAACUUCCGGACUCGGGAAGGCAUGUGUGUCUGCCUUGUCGCCACACUCAAUGCCUCUGGAGCACAUACUUUGACACUAAACAAGAUCGUGCCACAUAUAUGUAAUUUACUUGGAGAUCCAAACAGCCAGGUUCGAGAUGCAGCAAUAAACAGCUUAGUGGAAAUUUACAGACAUGUAGGAGAACGUGUGAGGGCGGACCUCAGUAAAAAAGGAUUGCCGCAGUCCCGGUUGAAUUUAAUCUUUACAAAAUUUGAUGAAGUCCAAAAAUCUGGAAAUAUGAUACAAUCUGCAAAUGAUAAAAAUUUUGAUGAUGAAGAUUCUGUGGAUGGUAACAGACCUUCCUCUGCCAGUUCCACAUCAUCCAAAGCGCCAGCAAGCUCACGGAGAAACGCUGGAAUGGGGACCCGGCGGUUUGGAUCGUCCACUCUCGGGUCUAAGUCUUCAGCUCCAAAAGAAGGAGCUGGCGCUGUUGAUGAAGAGGAUUUUAUUAAAGCCUUUGACGACGUACCUGCAGUGCAGAUUUAUUCCAGCCGAGACCUCGAGGAAUCCAUAAACAAGAUUAGGGAAAUAUUAUCUGAUGACAAGCAUGAUUGGGAGCAAAGAGUAAAUGCUCUAAAAAAGAUUAGAUCUUUACUUUUGGCUGGUGCUGCUGAAUAUGAUAACUUCUUUCAACAUUUGAGACUUUUGGAUGGAGCCUUUAAACUAUCUGCUAAGGAUCUGCGGUCUCAGGUAGUGCGGGAGGCUUGUAUCACGUUGGGGCAUCUGUCAUCAGUUCUGGGGAAUAAGUUUGACCAUGGAGCUGAAGCCAUUAUGCCAACUAUCUUUAAUUUAAUUCCAAACAGUGCCAAAAUUAUGGCCACUUCUGGUGUUGUAGCUGUUAGGUUAAUCAUUCGGCACACACACAUCCCUAGGCUAAUACCUGUGAUAACAAGCAACUGUACCUCCAAGUCUGUUGCAGUUAGAAGACGCUGUUUUGAAUUUUUAGAUUUACUUUUACAAGAAUGGCAAACACAUUCACUGGAACGGCACAUAUCAGUAUUAGCCGAAACGAUAAAGAAGGGAAUACAUGAUGCCGACUCUGAAGCCAGGAUAGAAGCCAGAAAGUGCUACUGGGGGUUCCACAGUCACUUCAGCAGAGAAGCAGAGCACUUGUACCACACGCUGGAGUCCUCCUACCAGAAGGCCCUGCAGUCCCACUUGAAGAACUCGGACAGCAUCGUGUCUUUGCCGCAGUCCGAUCGCUCGUCUUCUAGCUCUCAAGAGAGUCUGAAUCGGCCGCUCUCUGCCAAAAGAAGUUCCACUGGAAGUAGCGCCUCUAGAGCUUCUACCGUCAGCACCAAAUCUGGGUCAACGACUGGGUCCCUCCAGCGAUCCCGGAGUGACAUCGAUGUGAAUGCAGCGGCCAGUGCCAAGUCCAAAGCCUCGGCUUCAGGCUCCGCGCCCUUCAGCUCUGCAGCGGCCUUGCCUCCGGGCUCAUACGCAUCCUUAGGUCGAAUUCGUACGAGAAGGCAAAACUCCGGGAGUACCACCAAUGUCGCCUCUAUACCUUCUGAUAGUCGAGGCCGCAGUCGCGCUAAAGUGGUUUCACAGUCCCAGCCUGGCAGCCGGUCGAGUUCUCCAGGGAAAUUGUUGGGAAGUGGUUAUAGUGGCCUUGCUGGGGGUUCCUCAAGAGGCCCGCCUGUGACACUCCCUUCAGAAAAACGAAGCAAGAUUCCCAGAAGUCAGGGAUGUAGCCGAGAAACAAGUCCAAACCGAAUAGGACUAGCACGGAGCAGCCGUAUCCCUCGACCCAGCAUGAGUCAGGGGUGCAGCCGCGAUACCAGCCGUGAGAGCAGCCGAGAUACAAGCCCUGCUCGGGGCUUCCCUCCACUGGACCGGUUUGGGCUUGGCCAGGCAGGAAGAAUACCGGGUUCUGUGAAUGCCAUGCGCGUGUUAAGCACAAGCACAGAUCUUGAAGCUGCUGUUGCUGACGCUUUGCUGUUAGGAGACUCCAGGAGCAAGAAGAAGCCUGUGAGGAGGAGAUAUGAGCCCUAUGGGAUGUAUUCUGACGAUGAUGCCAACAGUGAUGCCUCGAGUGUUUGCUCUGAGCGCUCGUAUGGCUCCAGGAACGGCGGCAUUCCCCAUUACCUGCGGCAGACCGAGGAUGUGGCAGAAGUUCUCAACCACUGUGCCAGCUCAAACUGGUCAGAGAGGAAAGAAGGGCUUCUGGGUCUGCAGAACUUACUGAAGAGCCAGAGAACACUGAGUCGAGUAGAAUUGAAAAGAUUGUGUGAGAUCUUCACACGAAUGUUUGCUGACCCACAUAGCAAGAGAGUUUUCAGUAUGUUUUUGGAGACUCUUGUUGAUUUUAUAAUAAUUCAUAAGGAUGAUUUGCAAGACUGGCUUUUUGUUCUUCUCACACAAUUACUUAAGAAAAUGGGGGCAGAUUUACUUGGAUCUGUGCAAGCGAAAGUUCAGAAAGCUCUAGAUGUCACAAGGGACUCCUUUCCAUUUGAUCAACAAUUUAACAUUUUGAUGAGAUUUAUUGUGGAUCAAACUCAGACUCCUAACCUCAAGGUCAAAGUUGCAAUCCUGAAGUACAUUGAGUCUCUCGCCAGACAGAUGGAUCCAAUUGACUUUAUAAACUCUAGUGAGACCAGGCUUGCUGUUUCUAGAAUUAUAACCUGGACAACAGAACCAAAGAGUUCCGACGUGAGAAAGGCUGCACAGAUUGUGCUAAUAUCGCUGUUUGAAUUGAACACUCCUGAAUUUACUAUGUUACUUGGUGCCUUGCCCAAAACAUUCCAGGAUGGUGCCACCAAACUCCUGCAUAACCACCUCAAGAAUUCCAGUAACACCAGUGUGAGCUCUCCGAGCAACACAAUUGGCCGGACUCCCUCCCGACACAACAGCAGCAGGACCAGCCCCCUGACCUCACCCACCAACUGUUCCCACGGGGGCCUGUCUCCAAGCUUGCUGGACAAUGAUACAGAGAACCUGAACUCUGAAGAAAUCUAUAGUUCUUUGCGUGGAGUUACAGAAGCCAUUGAAAAGUUUAGUUUUCGAAGCCAAGAGGAUCUGAAUGAGCCAAUUAAACGAGAUGGCAAGAAGGACUGUGAUAUUGUAUCCCGGGAUGGUGGAGUUGCGUCCCCUGCCACUGAGGGCCGGGGCGGCAGUGACGUGGUGGAAGGAGGCAGAACAGCUCUGGACAACAAGACCUCCCUGCUCAACACCCAGCCUCCGCGCGCCUUCCCGGGGCCGCGGGCGCGAGACUACAACCUGUACCCCUACCCGGACACCAUCAACACCUAUGACAAGACAGCCCUGAAGGAGGCCGUGUUUGACGACGACAUGGAGCAGCUUCGAGAUGUGCCCAUCGACCAUUCGGACUUGGUGGCGGACCUUCUGAAAGAGCUGUCCAACCACAACGAGCGCGUGGAGGAGCGGAAGGGCGCCCUGCUGGAGCUGCUCAAGGUCACCCGGGAGGACAGCCUGGGCGUCUGGGAGGAGCACUUCAAGACCAUCCUGCUCCUGCUCCUGGAGACCCUUGGAGACAAAGACCAUUCCAUUCGUGCACUGGCGCUGAGAGUUUUACGGGAGAUUCUGAGAAACCAGCCAGCAAGAUUCAAAAACUACGCCGAGCUGACGAUCAUGAAGACUCUGGAAGCCCACAAAGACUCCCACAAGGAGGUGGUGAGAGCCGCCGAGGAAGCUGCGUCCACUCUGGCCAGCUCCAUCCACCCGGAGCAGUGCAUCAAAGUGCUCUGCCCCAUCAUCCAGACGGCCGACUACCCCAUCAACCUGGCUGCCAUCAAGAUGCAGACCAAGGUCGUCGAGAGGAUCGCCAGGGAGUCCCUGCUGCAGCUGCUGGCUGACAUCAUCCCGGGCCUGCUGCAGGGUUAUGACAACACUGAAAGUAGUGUGCGGAAGGCCAGUGUGUUCUGCUUGGUGGCAAUUUAUUCCGUAAUCGGAGAAGAGCUGAAACCUCACCUCGCACAGCUCACGGGGAGCAAGAUGAAGCUACUGAACUUGUACAUCAAGAGGGCGCAGACCACGAACAGCAACAGCAGCUCCUCCUCCGACGUCUCCACGCACAGCUAAUGGCAGCGCGGGUGUCCGAGCCGCAGAGCAGCCGCGGUGCCUCUCACAGACCUUCCCGCCCCCUCGUAGGCCGUCAGGGCGAGGAGGCCACACAUAUUUAUUACAAUCAGUAUUUGGUCCCUUCCAGCUUUUGUGUAGAAUCUUACUGGCAUUGAAUGUAAAGGAGCAAGGCCUGUUUUGCGUCCUCACACACAACAGCAGGAGUGAAAGAGCCAUGCAGUGUCCAGCGCUGAGGGCACGCGGGGCGCAGCCAACGCCCAACGGGGAGGGAGCGCUCUGAUGGACAGAGGGUGUGGCGGUCUGCGUUUCUCUUCCAUCUUAGCGUCCUGCGUUCUGGCCGUGGCCGUGUAGGGCAGGUUCCCUCCCCCCACCCCAGCCGACGCCAUGACACGGUUAGCUGUGCCUCUUUAAGUUGUGUUUUGAGACCUGCUAAGAAUGUGAACCACGUGGCAGGAUGGAGGGAAAGCUGAGGAGGGCCUCUGGCAGACCCCGGGUGUUGCUUCUGUACCUGGGCCAAAGGCUGCCGCCCUCACGCUAGUGCUCCGCGCAGUGCCCGGUGCUGCCCCGCUGCCCGCGGCUCCCGGGAGUCUGCGGAAGCCGUCUUCAGGGGCUCCUCUCGGGCCCUGGGUCUUGGGUCGUCUGUCCCUCCUGUCCCCCCACCCCAGCGUUUGCUUAAGCUGCGCAGUUCUAAAGCGUUCCCACUUAACCUGGGCCCGGCUCCCGCUUUCUGCCGGCGAGGUGGCUCCUCAAGGACACUCCCCUCUGGCCAGCACUCGCUUCCCACACCCUCUGCAGCUGAUGCAGCCGGGUUUCCUCAUCUUCUCUCCCUGCCGCCCUUUAUUUAUCAAACAUAACACCCGUCAAAGAACAGCAAGCAGGAACUUUGUAGAAGCCGCAGGACUUUGCUGGCAGUGACGUUUGGAAGUGAAAAGAAAAUGCUCUAAAAGAUACCGGCCACCAAAUGUUUGGUCAGCGCUGUGUGUGCACGCAUGUCCCACACCCCCAGGCUGGGUUUCUGUUUUUUGGUUUUAUUUGGGGGGGCUUUUUCACGUUUCACUCUCUAGUGUAUCAUGCAAAUGUACAGACUCUUUUGUUAAUAAUGUAGGAUUUGCUAAAAAAUAAAAAAUAAAAGAACCCUUUUGAGUUUGCCCUAGAA